AUGACGAAGCGCACCAAGAAGGUCGGUAUCACGGGUAAAUAUGGUACCAGAUACGGUGCCUCCCUGCGUAAGCAGGUGAAGAAGAUGGAAGUGUCCCAGCACGCCCGUUACAUCUGCACCUUCUGCGGAAAGAACACCGUCAAGCGCAAGGCUGUUGGUAUCUGGGAGUGCAAGGGCUGCAACAAGGUCGUUGCCGGUGGUGCCUACACCGUCUCUACCCCCGCCGCCGCUGCCACCCGCUCCACCAUCCGCCGUCUCAGAGAAAUCGCGGAGGUUUAA